AAUAACGCCAAAUCUGUUUUGAUCAUGUGACCAUUAAACGUCAGCUUCCGCCUUGUUGUUUAUGUUCUUAUGAAAGUAUUUAUUGACAAUUCAGCACGAAUAAAACCAUUUGUAGGAAGAUUGACACAAAUAAUCAGACAUGGAUCCAUCAGUCACACUUGUGAUAAAAGCUCCAAAUCAACGGUUUGAAGACCACACAGUUGACUGUAUGCUUGAUUGGACAGUCCGAAAACUAAAACAGCAUUUAAAAGAUGUAUACCCAACACAACCAAAUGAAAAACAUCAAAGGUUGAUAUAUUCUGGAAAGCUUCUGCAAGAUCAUCUCACCCUGAAAGAAGUCCUUCGUCAGUUUGAUGACGGAAGCACCAGACACACUGUUCAUCUGGUUUGUUCGAAUUCACCGACACACAUGGAGACUAUGGCAUCACAAAGUACAAUGGAAUCUCUGUCUCAAAGUUCUCUGUCAAGUAGCUCCUCCUCUACAAAUUUACCAUACUCUGCCCCAACCGAUACCAGUGGUUUACGACACAGAGGGCAACCAACUGCUCAAUCUGCCCAAAUACCAAAUGCUUACAGUUACUAUAGUGCAUAUAUGAACCAAGCAUCAAAUCCCAUGCCAACAGAUUACAGCCAAUUUGCUGGAAUGAUGGCCCCAGAUGCAACCGUGUUUGGGGCUGUACCUCCUACUGGGUAUAGCCCAGAGCAGUACAUGUGGAUGCAGCAAAUGUAUGCCCAGUAUAUGGCGCAAUACAUGCAGUACUACCAACAAGGCACAUACAUACAACAACCUCUGCUCAGUCAACCGGAAGCCCAACCCAAUGUGGCUGCAGAGGAACACAACCGUCCCAACCAGCCGGAAAACCAGAAUGUUGUCAAUGAUGCUGAGGAGGAUGAGGUUAGAAACAGGGACUGGCUCGACUACUUGUACAUGUUCAGCCGUCUCUUGGUUCUCAUUGGGAUUGUCUACUUCUACUCAAACUUCACUCGUUUCUUCAUGGUUGCUGGAUUUUUUGUGGUUGUCUACGGGUUUCAAAUGGGUUGGUUCAAUUUUGGACAACGAAGAGCAAGAAGGCCACAACAGGUACACAUCCAUCAACAACAGGAAAAUUUAAAUGAGCCACAAGAUAAUAACCAACAAGAGAAUAACCAGUCAGAAAAUAAUCCAAAUCAAACCCAGGAAGAAAAUGUGCAAGACCCCAGUACAGUUAUCGAACCUCAGCCCCUGGUGCCAGGAAAGCUACAAGUGGCCUUCACCUUCAUUGCAUCCUUGUUCACAUCUCUCUUUCCUGCCCCUCCACCUGCAGUCAAUGUGAACUAAAUGGAUUGUUAUGUGAAUUGGGGAUGUGUUUACCGCUGUCGUUGUGAAAUGGACUAUCACAGUCAAUGUGAACUACUGAGCUGUCCCCAACUGCCAAUGUGAUUUAUGGAAAACAAUCUGUCAUUGUAAACUAAUUGGCGUCUCCAACUUUCGCUGGAAAGUAUUUGGUAUGUCUCUAAGUGUCAAUGUGAGCUAGAGAAUGCAUUUCACCCACCAACAGUGAUUGUAUACUGAAUACUUACCAACUGCUGUGAAUGUGAAUUCCAAAGCCUUCCCCAGAUGUGAACUGUACUGUCUCUGUGCACUGAAAUUUACCUCUGUCAAUGUGAUUGAUUAGUCAUCACCAGUUUUCACUGUAACCUAGAGUUUGGUGUGACAUUCCUGCUGUUUUUGGAACUGAGAUGUACCUCUAACUGUCAAUGUGAACUUAAAUAGCCAUCAUAAGAUGUCGGCGUGAACCGCAGGCGCUGUCAACAUGAAAUGGUUUAUGUGAACUAGAGGAACAUUCAGGGCUUACUCUGCCAUUCGCCAAUUUUGCCAAUGGCUACAAAUGGACCUAUUUGGCUAAAGAAAAUUCUAUUUUGCUACAUGUUUUUCUUCAUUAAAACUUACAAAUUGCCAAAAUAAGAAGAAUUUUGCCAUUGCAAGGCGAAUUUGGCUAAAGACAUUUUUGAGCCAGGGGAAGCCCUGACAUUACCAGUUGUCAAUGCGAAUUUUAAAGAUUGAAGCGAAAUAUGAAUUUAUCUCCCGGACAAGGUGUCAUAGUGAACUAGAAUGGUAACUGUGAACAUUAUCAUAAACUAAACAGGCACUUUGAGAUUGUGGGUUGUACAAAUCUUUAGGUUCAGCUGUAAACAAUGAAUACAUGUAGUUGUACCUUUGACAUUUAUUGCACUUUUUGUUAAAGAUUAAUGUUUUUCAGAUGUUUAUCAGUCACAUAUGUUGCUUUGUGGAAUUUCAUUUGUCAGACACAUACAUAACUGGACUUGUAAUCUGGUGGGUUAAGAAGAGGGGUGAAAGUUAUUUGCCUUGUUUAUUCAAUCAUAAAGCAGUGUAAACGUCAAGGUUUAGGUGUGACACAAUUAUAUCUGAUGUUAUUGUCCAUGGAUAGAGCACUUACACCCUUAUCCCUUGAUUUUCGGUAAAUUGGUAUGGUAUUAAGUAUUAAUCAUUUAAUUUCCAUGAUUGAAUGUGCAAUUUUUGUAUCUUCUACAGAAAUCAUGAAAGUUUAACUAAGUGGUGUUGCGCCUUUUGGAGAAAGUUUGCCCUCAAGAUGGAAGUUAUAUGCCAAAAAGAGAAUAAGUGCAGAAAGUUAUGACUGUGUGUUUAUAUUCAACUAUAUUAUGUAAUAGUGAAUCAAUCAAUUUGUUUGCUUCAAACUAUAUUUUAUAUUAUACUAAAACUUGGUUUGAUAAAAAAAAUUCCUUUUUGGUUUACCAAAAAUGCCUAUAUCUUAGUAAUUUUUUUUUUGAUUGUUGAGAAUUUAAAAAAAACAAACAUACAAAGCUAUAUUUCAGAUGGAAUUUCAAAGAUAGAUGUAGCUGCGAACAGGUUGAAAUAUUUUCCAAAAGAAGCCUUACAAUUACUGGUAAAGCAACUUCAUAUAUCAGAUCCCACUUUUCUCCGGUUUAUCUUUGGGAGAUUAACAUAUCAUAUGUGAAGAGUUGUCUAUUGUGUUCAGAAAAGGCGAACAUUUACUAACUGAAUGGUGGUUUCGUUGUGAAUGUUUGUGAUUAAUAGAAAACUCACUGUUUAGGAAGUUUGGUUACAAAAUCGAAAAUGUGACCAGGUAUUUUGAUGCAGAAUCAAGUCACAGAACAACAUUAAUGUAAUUUUUUACGUGUUGCAACAUUUCCAAUGUGUACAACCACUCAAAUAUAGGCUUGAAAUUGCACAAUCGUAUCUGAUUUAACAUUUUAUCAGUUAAUAUCAGUUAUCGGUUCUAAUGCUGAGGGGCCCCAUCUUUAAACAUAUGGGUCAAUCUUAUCAUUCAAUAGGUCUUAAUACAAAACUAAUGGUCAUUGGCAAACAUUUGCAGUUUGCAAUGUUUGAAAUCACUUCUGGUGAAUUUGUGAUAAUUGUUUUGAUAGUUGUUGUUGUUGUUAAGUUUUUUGUGUGUAAUGAUCUGUUCUGUCCUAUGGGGCAUAGCUUUGCAUGCUAUGUUGUUUAGACCGUGUUAUUGGGUGUGAAAAUCAUAACCAACUACGGCAAGUUAUCCAUGAACAUUUUCAUAUCAUUUGUAUAGCUAAUGUGUCCAUAAUCUGCAAAGUGGGAAACAUUUGUUUUUAAGUUAGUUUCUGGUCAUUCAGAGCUUUAAAUUGAAUUCCCUGUAAUGAACAAAAUAACUAUGAUUACAAAAUUAUUUGAACAAUUAAAUGUAAGAAGUAAAUGCAACAUAAACAGGUACUUCUGUUACUUGUCACAUAUAUUAGGCAGAAAGUUCCUCAUAAUAUUGAUUACAUCUUUUCAAAUAGUAAUAAGUGUAUCAGUAAGGUAGAAAGAAUAAUGCUUAAUGCUUUUAGCAAGUGCCAAUAUUAGAACUGUUAGCACAAACUGAUUAUGUAUACAUGCUGUGCUUAAGGGUUUCAAAUAUGAUCACAAAUGUAGCCACCAUAAAUUUCAAUAAGAACAUCAACUUCAUAUGUAGGCAAGUGCUAAAUAGUUAGAUGCUUCAAUAAAUAAUAUAGCUGUGCUCUGUAAAAAGAGUGUUUAAUGCAUGUAAAGUCCACACAGGCUUAUCAGGGACGACGCUUUCCGCUUUUAUAUUUUCUUUUUAAAGAAAGUAUCUUAGCAAAAAUCCAUUUAAGCAGAAAGUGUUGUGCCUGAUUAGCCUGUGCGGACUUAACAUGCAUUAAACACACAUGUUUUAACCUCCUUUUUACAUAGAACGGCACAAUUAAUUACGCAGUGUAUUGGAAGUGUAUUUAUGGGUAUUUGUUGGUUUGUCUUUUAUCAUGAUUAACACUAUUGUUUUUUUAUUCAUAUUCAUUUUAGUUAUAUCAGCCAUUCUGUUGAAAUCCAAUUGUUAACUGAUGCACAAUUUUAAAAUUAAAAUAAACAUACGCCUUUUGA